AUGGGAAGCUCAUCUUCUAAAUUUCGCAAACACCUACAGUCAGGAGAUGAGGUCCAGGCGCUUCAGCUCUACUUCAACAACAGUGAGCUGCGGAAGGCCUUGGAUCCAAAUUGCUCCUAUGGUGAUUCUCAUCAGCAUGAGACACCGUUACAUUUAGCAGCGAAACAUGGAAUGCACAAAUUGCUUCGGUGUGUAAAGUCUCUGCCAUUUUUAUUUUACAUUUCUCUUAUAGCAAGUGAAAAAUAUAAAAUGGUGUGUAAGUUAAUAAUUUUUAAAAAUAAUAGUUUAAACUGAGCGAGUCUCUAAAAUCUGUACAUUUGUUCUUCUCCAUUAUCAAUAAACUGUUUUGUUUUUCAGGAUAUUUCUCAGUUCUAAAGGUGGCAAUCCAAAUAAGACAAAUGCCAAGAAAGAAACAUGCCUCCACUGUGUGUGCAUGGAGGCAAACUUCCAGUCAAUUCAUGUCUGCAAGCGGCGGGCGGAAUGCUUAAAUGAGCUUUUGAGGUGGCGAGGUGCAAUGUUGUCAGAAGGGCAGGUUGAAAAAAUCGAUUUGGGUGCUAAAGAUGAGGUAACCCAUGAAAACUUUUGAUGUGUAUUUUUUUUAAUGUCAUUGACUCAUCAUUUUAGGGCACUAUAUAAUUUGUGCGUGCAUUUACAUCAAAACUGAAUUAACAUUUGAAAAUAUUGUUAUAACAUUAUAACGACAUCUCUGUUUUUUGACACCAGAAAUUAAACACAGCAUUGCAUUAUGCAGCGGCAUCAGGUCUGGAGCAGUGUGUUGACGUAAGCACAAAAUAAUUUAUAAUUUUGAUAAACAACUCAAUAUCAUAAUCAUUAUAUUAGAAUUAUUUUGUAUUUAAGAAAGUUGUUCAAUUGUGUUUUAAACAACAAAAAAAAAAAACAUUCACUCAAAUUGAAAAGAAAUUAUUUGAAGAAAAUUUUUUACAUUUCUUUGAGUUUAUUUGUGCAGACACUUAUCCAGCAUGGAGCUCCCUUGUUUGUGGAAAAUGAAGAAAACCUGACACCAUGUGAUACUGCUGAGAGAAAUGGACAUGCCAGGAUAGCUUUGUUACUGGAAUCUAAAAUGGUGUUUUCUGUGAGUAAGAAUUAAGAUCCUUACAAAAAGGAUUGAUUUUUGGCAUAAGGUUGCAAUAUUUUCUUUAAGUCACAUGCAGAGAGCAGCGUGUUAAGUUUAAGAUUAAGAGAAGUCAGCAUUUUGAAUUGACUUAAAAUAUUUGUUCAAAUUUCAAGUUUAAAAAAAAUUUUUUUUUUAAAAUCAUUGCAGAACAGCAGAUUUAAUAAUAGCAGUGUAGAUACCUUUCCAGAAAUCGUUAUGGCACAGAUAGUCAAACUCAAGAGAGAUAUAAAACAAGUCUAGCCAUUAAUCUAUGGUUUAUGUAAUUUUUUAAAGUUUAGUUGUCUUAGAUCUUGCUUAUGACACCACUGAUUUUUAUAGCUUAAAGAGAUAAACUUUAAUAAAAGUGUUUUGUCAUCAUAAUAGUUUCAUCUUUAAAAUAUGUUAUAUUCCUUUUUUUUUUUCUUUCUUCCACAAGAAUGAUGAAGAAACACUUGAGGACAUAGAUGGAGUCUCGCCUGUAGAUGUGAGUUGGUGAAUCUGGGUUAAACUUCUUUCAGUUGGUGUAUCUGGGUUCAACUGUGUUCCGUUGGUAGAACUAGGUUAAACUGCUUUCAUUUUCGGUAGUGUAUCUGAGUUCAACUGCUUUCAUUUGGUGUAUCUGAGUUCAACUGCUUUCAGUUGGUGUAUCUGGGUUAAACUGCUUUCAUUUGGUGUAUCUGGGUUAAACUGCUUUUAGUUGAUGUAUCUUGGUUAAACAGCUUUCAUUUGGUGUAAUAAUAAUUAUAAUAAUAAUAAGGGGUCUUAUAUAGCGCUGUACCCCAGCCUAGGGCUGGGUUCACCACGCUGUACAUAAAAUUUUUAUCAAAAGAGACAUAAUCAUGACAUUAAAAUAAAUACAUUUAUAAAAUAAAGAACAGCACAAAAAAAAAUGUAUAUGCACCCACCCCAACACAUAACUUGUACAAGGCAAACCAUAGAUGUCAGCCAGCAAGAACGUUUAUCGGUCAGAGGAGGGGAAUCCCUCAGGGUAGUAUAAUUUAAAAAGAUGUGUUUUGAGUGCAGUUUUGAAGGCCUGAGUUAAACUGCUUUCAGUUGGUGUAUCUGGGUUAAACUGCUUUCAUUUGGUGUAUCUGGGUUAAAAUGCUUUCAGUUGGUGUAUCUGGGUUAAACUGCUUUCAUUUUGGUGUAUCUGGGUUAAACUGCUUUCAGUUGGUGUAUCUGGGUUAAACUGCUUUCAUUUGGUGUAUCUGGGUUAAAAAUGCUUUCAUUUGGUGUAUCUGGGUUAAAAUGCUUUCAUUUGGUGUAUCUGGGUUAAAAAUGCUUUCAUUUGGUGUAUCUGGGUUAAAAUGCUUUCAUUUGGUGUAUCUGGGUUAAACUGCUUUCAUUUGGUGUAUCUGGGUUAAACUGCUUUCAUUUGGUGUAUCUGGGUUAAACUGCUUUCAUUUGGUGUAUCUGGGUUAAACUGCUUUCAUUUGGUGUAUCUGGGUUAAACUGCUUUCAUUUGGUGUAUCUGGGUUAAACUGCUUUCAUUUGGUGUAUCUGGGUUAAAAAUGCUUUCAUUUGGUGUAUCUGGGUUAAAAUGCUUUCAUUUGGUGUAUCUGGGUUAAACUGCUUUCAUUUGGUGUAUCUGGGUUAAACUGCUUUCAUUUGGUGUAUCUGGGUUAAACUGCUUUCAGUUGGUGUAUCUGGGUUAAACUGCUUUCAUUUGGUGUAUCUGGGUUAAACUGCUUGCAAUCUUUGUUACAGUACAUAAAAAUAAAUUAUGAAACAUUGCUUGCUGCACCUAAUUCUUGUGUGGGUCUGACUUUAAUAAUCUGUUUUGACAAGCAACUUCAGAUUUUUUUCUAAAUGAUUGAUUUUUUUUUUAUUAAUGUUUCCUCAUAAAAUUUCAUCCAGUUAAAUGUUUUUUGUUGUUCAAUGUAGGAAUAUUCGGGCCUCAGACCCCAAGACCUCCAGGAAGCCAAAGACCAGUUGCUUGUAGAAACUGCAGAUAUGUUGAGUGUUCCACUGUUUACUGCUGAAGCCUUGCUAAGGAAUCAUGGUUAUUGACAUUAUUCAACUUCACUUGAUAGAAAAAGGCAUAUUUGAAAGCUAUUUAAUCUUUUAACCUAAUGUUGUCAACAAUACUAUCACAUAUUUAUCUUUAUUGAUCCAUUUAAUUUUUUUUAAAAGGGGCACUUCAAAAAUAUUUUAAAUGUGUGUGCUUAGACACAAACGAGUACUAGGGUGUGUACUAUAGCACAAGUGAAAUACCAGCUUGAUCUGCCACUAUAUCCUUGAAGAAGGUGUGUGGAUCCUUCAGUCACUAUAAUGAACACAAAAUUUAACUGUCGCCCACAGAAUGGUCAAGAGAGACCCUCCUUGAAGCCUGGAUGACGGAUGCUGUGGCCUGCUGUGAGAAGUGUGGCGUGACCCCGCCAGUCUCUCUCUUCAGCGAACAACCCCAUGUCCAGGAGGAUCUAGCGAGCCCCUUGCCUUCCCCUCUGCACUCCGCACCUGUUCCUCUAGAUGCUGAGGUAAAAAGAGAUUAAAAACUUGGCGGGAGUAUUUAAAUAUACAGAGGGACUCAAUUUACUGGUGUGAAAUUAAACUUGAACUAAAUAAAAAAUGUAGAUAGUUUUAAAUAAAAUACAAUAGCAUUCAUUGUGGAAAGAUCAGAAUGGUAGUAGUAGAUAUAAAGUGAAGAUUUGUGUGAACACAGAAGUGUGACUGAUUGUUUGUAUCCUCAGUGUCACAUCUGUGCCAACACAUUCCUUAUUGCUGAUGAACCCGUCCACAUGUCCUGCACGCACCUGUUCUGUAAGGACUGCUGGGAGAAGUGAGUUCCCUAAAGUAUUUAGAAAAGACUUUUCAUUGAAUUAGAUUGCCUUUAUCCCAGGGAAAACACUGAUAUUUGAGGAGCCACCUUCACUUCUCUGAUUUCGUCCAAAUUGAGUUGAAUCUACAUCCCUGACAAUAAGCAUUGCUGUUUAGGCACCAUCUAUAUAGCUAGUGAAUAAGAAAAAUAAUUUUAUAAAACCCCCCCCCCCCCCCUCUGAAAUCAUAUCUCCUCAUGUAUUAGCAUAAUCAAUCAGAUUCAUUUUGAUAUCUUUAAAUAAUAACAAGGCCAGUAAGAAAAUUAUUACGAAUUGUGUAUUUUUAUACAUCAAAACGAUGACCCAAACCAUGAAUCUACAAAUCAAGGUCAAUUGAACCAUAAAACUUCUGACGAUUGACAUAUUCAUGGUGUUGCAAAAAUUUCAUGAGUCAAAGACGGACUUUUCUAACUUUGAUUAAUUUUCAUUGUGACUAAGUCAAUGAAUUUCCUAGCGAAUAAGUUUCCAUGUUGAAGUUCUGCCUGUCUGUGAAGUGUCCAUGCUGAUAAAUGUUUCUGCCGAGGAAUUGUUUUUGAUGAAGUGUCUGUCAAUGAACUGUCAUAUAACUAACCGUACCACCCCCACACCCCCCGACUCCUCCUCAGUGGACAGAAGAAGAAGGGACCUGAUGUUUGUCUCUGUUCUCCAGGCUAGUCUUCAAUAUUUGUUUUGAUUUUGCAGAUACUUGAAUGUCAAGAUCCAAGAAGGUGACGCUCACCACAUCACCUGUGCGGCCUACGAUUGUACUAUGCUAGUACCUGUCGACAUCAUCGAACGCAUCGUGUCACGAGACAUGGCGCUGAGAUAUCUACAGUUUGACAUAAAGGUACACAUUUAGCCCUCCCUCUGGCUGGCCAGUCGAAGAAUUACUUGGAGCUCUUGAUGUAGUUGUUAAAUAUAAGGGUGCACGGCUGUCGUUUAAUGGAGGGGCCAGUGGUUGACAAUGUCAUGGCUGAACACUGUUCACGGCUGAUAAUGUUGCAGCUCUUUGCUUGGCGUAAACAAAAGAAAUAUGAAAAAAUGCUUUCUCUCCAUACAAGAGGUGUUCUUUAAAGAAUUGAAUAGUGGGUCAAUGUCGAAUGCAAAUUUAAAAAAAAAAAAAAGGAUGAAAUUUGAAUGUUAUUUUAGCACAAUAUUGAAAAAAAAAUUACCACCCAACUUUAAAAAGUUUGCUCGGAUACAGAACUGCACUCAAUUCUUAAUAACUAACUUUGACAGCACAUCACUAGCACUGCCAUCCACAGUACAUCACUAGCACUGCCAUGCCACAGUACAUCACUAGCCUAGCACUGUCAUGCCACAGUACAUCACUAGCCUAGCACUGCCAUGCCACAGUACAUCACUAGCCUAGCACUGCCAUGCCACAGUACAUCACUAGCCUAGCACUGCCAUGCCACAGUACAUCACUAGCCUAGCACUGCCAUGCCACAGUAGAUCACUAGCCUAGCACUGCCAUGCCACAGUACAUCACUAGCCUAGCACUGCCAUGCCACAGUACAUCACUAGCCUAGCACUGCCAUGCCACAGUACAUCACUAGCACUGCCAUGCCACAGUAGAUCACUAGCCUAGCACUGCCAUGCCGUUAUUGUGUUUCUAAAACAUCCCACCACUCUCACCCCGCAGUGCUGUUUGAAAUGGUUGUUGACCUUUGUGUCUCACACAAUCUGAUCCAUUAAAUGUAUAAAAUAAUGCAGGCUCGAGAUCUCUAGUAACACCGAUGCCAUGCCAGUUGUCCAGUUAGUGAUCCGAACCACCAAACACUGAAUGGUCAAUGUUUGUCUCCUUUUCAGGCGUUUGUGGACAGCAACCCAGACAUGAAGUGGUGUCCCUUCGCUGGCUGCGGCCGGGCUGUCAAGUUGCCCGACCUUGAACUCGGGUUCAUCCACGGUAACAAACGCAAUAAGAUUCCGUCUGACACUUCCAGAGGGGUGGACUGUGGAGUAGGUCAUUAUUUUUGUUGGUAAGUCUAACAAUGGUUGUAAAUUUCUGCUGUUUCAGCAUGUAUAUUACUGUCAUCACCUCUCUCUUCAUAUCACACCUUUUGUGAUUAUUCGCCUUGAAAAAAUAAAACUUUAAAUUCAAUUAAUCUUUUAAAAACUCUGUUAGUACAUUAAUUGAAUGAAGGAAGAUAAAGUUUAUUUCGGAUAGGUCUGAUAUCCGACGGGCAUCAAAAUUAAAAAUCAUCAACAAGCCAGGCUGCGUGUGGCCAGAAGGCUAGCCAUCCUGGCACUAGAUUUUACAGUAAUAAAAUGUUGCAUCUUGAGGCUUUGUUUUUUCAUGUCACAUUUUAAUUGACCUUUCUUGAAUAUUUUCCGUCAAUGGGUGUUGUGCUUAAACUGUCUCUUAAUGAAUGCUGUCUCCAGGGAAUGUUUAGAGGAGUCCCACGAACCUUGCAGCUGUGAUAACUGGAGUAAAUGGCAUCAGAGGAUAAGCCAGAUCAGGCCAGAAACAUGUACGUGUAAGUCAUUACAUUAUUUACAUCCUGGUACCUGCCAGGGAUUCUCCUUACAUUGGCCCUGUGACUUGUACAUUCUGCUGGUCCCCAUUUAUCUCAUCCCCACUUUUUUCUUGACCAACACUCUCCUCUCUCUCUCCUCCUCAACUCUCUCUCUCCCUCCCUCUUCUCCCCCCCCCCCCCCCCCCAUAUUAUAUUAAAUCAAAAAGACCUCCUCUACAAAUAAAAAAUAAUAUCACAAGAUUUAAGUUUUGAUGAUCAGUGAAUGACUGUUACUGCUUGCUAUUAGUUUAAUGAUGUAUACACUGCAGCCACUAUUUCCACUGCUGAGAUUUUUCAAAAAGAUUUAAGUUUUGAUGAUCAGUGAAUGACUGUUACUGCUUGCUAUUAGUUUAAUGAUGUAUACACUGCAGCCACUAUUUCCACUGCUGAGAUUUUUCAAAAAGAUUUAAGUUUUGAUGAUCAGUGAAUGACUGUUACUGCUUGCUAUUAGUUUAAUGAUGUAUACACUGCAGCCACUAUUUCCACUGCUGAGAUUUUUCAAAAAGAUUUAAGUUUUGAUGAUCAGUGAAUGACUGUUACUGCUUGCUAUUAGUUUAAUGAUGUAUACACUGCAGCCACUAUUUCCACUGCUGAGAUUUUUCAAAAAGAUUUAAGUUUUGAUGAUCAGUGAAUGACUGUUACUGCUUGCUAUUAGUUUAAUGAUGUAUACACUGCAGCCACUAUUUCCACUGCUGAGAUUUUUCAAAAAGAUUUAAGUUUUGAUGAUCAGUGAAUGACUGUUACUGCUUGCUAUUAGUUUAAUGAUGUAUACACUGCAGCCACUAUUUCCACUGCUGAGAUUUUUCAAAAAGAUUUAAGUUUUGAUGAUCAGUGAAUGACUGUUACUGCUUGCUAUUAGUUUAAUGAUGUAUACACUGCAGCCACUAUUUCCACUGCUGAGAUUUUUUUUUCUAAAAACUCUUAUCCCCCCCCCCCCCCCUUUCCCACCUUUUAGUGGACGGAACAGAACAAGAGACAGAGCUGGCGGCCAACUGCCUGUGGCUGGUGACCAAUUCCAAACCCUGCCCCAGCUGUAAGUCACCCAUACAGAAGAAUGAAGGAUGCAACCACAUGAAGUGCAGCAAGGUCAGUCACACUCAGUAUUUUGUCUUAGUUCUUGGGUGCAGCAAUGUCAGUCACACUCAGUGUUUUGUCUUAGUUCUUGGGUGCAGCAAGGUCAGUCACACUCAGUGUUUUGUCUUAGUUCUUGGGUGUAGCAAGGUCAGUCACACUCAAUGUUUUGUCUUAGUUCUUGGGUGCAGCAAGGUCAGUCACACUCAGUGUUUUGUCUUAGUUCUUGGGUGUAGCAAGGUCAGUCACACUCAAUGUUUUGUCUUAGUUCUUGGUUGUAGCAAGGUCAGUCACACUCAGUGUUUUGUCUUAGUUCUUGGGUGUAGCAAGGUCAGUCACACUCAGUGUUUUGUCUUAGUUCUUGGGUGCAGCAAGGUCAGUCACACUCAGUGUUUUGUCUUAGUUCUUGGGUGUAGCAAGGUCAGUCACACUCAGUGUUUUAUCUUACUUCUUGGGUGCAGCAAUGUCAGUCACACUCAGUGUUUUGUCUUACUUCUUGGGUGCAGCAAUGUCAGUCACACUCAGUGUUUUGUUUUACUUCUUGGGUGCAGCAAGGUCAGUCACACUCAAUGUUUUAUCUUACUUCUUGGGUGUAGCAAGGUCAGUCACACUCAAUGUUUUGUCUUACUUCUUGGGUGCAGCAAUGUCAGUCACACUCAGUGUUUUGUCUUAGUUCUUGGGUGCAGCAAGGUCAGUCACACUCAGUGUUUUGUCUUACUUCUUGGGUGCAGCAAUGUCAGUCACACUCAAUGUUUUAUCUUACUUCUUGGGUGCAGCAAGGUCAGUCACACUCAAUGUUUUGUCUUACUUCUUGGGUGUAGCAAGGUCAGUCACACUCAGUGUUUUGUCUUACUUCUUGGGUGUAGCAAUGUCAGUCACACUCAGUGUUUUGUCUUACUUCUUGGGUGUAGCAAGGUCAGUCACACUCAGUGUUUUGUCUUAGUUCUUGGGUGUAGCAAUGUCAGUCACACUCAGUGUUUUGUCUUAGUUCUUGGGUGCAGCAAGGUCAGUCACACUCAGUGUUUUGUCUUACUUCUUGGGUGCAGCAAUGUCAGUCACACUCAAUGUUUUAUCUUACUUCUUGGGUGCAGCAAGGUCAGUCACACUCAAUGUUUUGUCUUACUUCUUGGGUGUAGCAAGGUCAGUCACACUCAAUGUUUUGUCUUACUUCUUGGGUGCAGCAAGGUCAGUCACACUCAAUGUUUUGUCUUACUUCUUGGGUGCAGCAAUGUCAGUCACACUCAGUGUUUUAUCUUACUUCUUGGGUGCAGCAAUGUCAGUCACACUCAGUGUUUUAUCUUACUUCUUGGGUGCAGCAAGGUCAGUCACACUCAGUGUUUUAUCUUACUUCUUGGGUGCAGCAAUGUCAGUCACACUCAAUGUUUUAUCUUACUUCUUGGGUGCAGCAAUGUCAGUCACACUCAGUGUUUUGUCUUACUUCUUGGGUGCAGCAAUGUCAGUCACACUCAGUGUUUUAUCUUACUUCUUGGGUGCAGCAAGGUCAGUCACACUCAAUGUUUUAUCUUACUUCUUGGGUGCAGCAAGGUCAGUCACACUCAGUGUUUUAUCUUACUUCUUGGGUGCAGCAAGGUCAGUCACACUCAGUGUUUUAUCUUACUUCUUGGGUGUAGCAAGGUCAGUCACACUCAAUGUUUUAUCUUACUUCUGGGAUGAAGAUUCACACUUCUUGUUUACUCUGACGGUUUCUAUCUUUUUAAUCUGAUGACUGCUGGCUGGGUAAUUGACUUUGUCCAAUAGACAAGGGGUUGUCUGUAAAAUAUGCAUUUUUUCCACCUCCUCUCCACUUAUCCAACAAUUUACAAUGUGAAAUUUCAGGAAGUAUUACUGUUAUAAAGAGCAAAUUUUAACUUGAUUUGAACUUCUAUAUCAGUAUCGUAUGGGAUUAUCCAUUCAUCAUCUACACACUGCUGGGAGGGGUGUUGUUGAUUUUGGAGAUUAUGCGAACUGAUGUCAGGGGGGUGGGAAGGUCUGCAGAAAGUUAACUCAUUUCAUUCUUUAUCCUGAAAUUCAGACACUCUCUAAUAUAUCUAAUAAAGCCAACUGUCAUUUGAAAUUCUUAAAAAAACAUGAUAUUUAAAAGAAAUCCCUGCACUGUUUUACAUUUUUCGUCAUACUGUUGCAUUGUGUUCACACUUGUUAGUUAUCACAACAGUAAAUGUUUUUUGUAUGUGAUUCUGUGAUGUAAUUUCUAUUUAAAAAACACAAAUUUUAACACCCUUACCGCAAUGGUUCCCAAGCUUUUUAUUACCCCAUGCCCUAACUGAUUACCUAAAAUACUUUGAUGCCCCCCCACCCCACAAAUUUUUUUGGAAGGAAAAAAAAAGCAGUCUUAAUGCUGCCUUAGGGAAUAAAGAAUUUCAAUUUUGCUGCAUUUAAGCCUUAAGAUUCACAAUUGUAAAACAAAACUAACAAAAAUAAGUGAAAUAUGUUUAUAUUGCAUUCUAUGAGAAACAAUAAAGAGGACUAACAUUUAAAAAAUCAUGAUUCCCCCCCCCCCCCCUUUUUUUUUUUUCCCCUCCCUUUUUUUUUUUAAAAAAAUAAUUUCAUCAUAUCCUGGACCAAUAUUUUAGCUUGCCACUAUAACGUGGGUGGCUAAAAUAUUGGCCCAGAAAAUACCGUCCCUCCAAAAAGGAAAAAGUGUGCCCAGGGCUGUCAGCUUCUGCAUACCCUACCCCCACCCUUUUCUUUCUGUGUGCCUAUGCCCCUGUCCAGUAAACCAUUAAAUAUCUUACUUCAAUCUGAAAAGGGGGGGGGGGGAUAUACACCACAGUCAGGAAACUCUGGGAUACCUUGACUUGACUUUUACUUAAUUGUUUUUAAGUCAAAUGGUUUAUUAAUAUUAGUGGAAAAAAAUAUUCUGGGGGUGAGGAAAGGGGGGGUCAAGUAUUUUACCAUAUAAAUCAUUUGAUUAAAGUCAACCAGAGAAAAAACUUGCAAUUUUUACAUUUGUUGAUGAAUAGCAACCAAAUAUUUAGAAUGAUCUCCCAUAUAAAGUUCCUUUAAAAUUCUUGGUGGUUUAUGAUUAUAAUUUUUUUUCAAAUAGAGCAAUGCCCGCUGUGGGCCUAAGGCAGUGUUUAACAAAAAAUGCUAGCUUGCAUAUGUCCGCAAGAUCUUUAUCCUCCCCAACCCAUGUUAAAAACUUUUGUCCGCUUUUUAUCAAACCCUCUCUCUGCGUCUCUGGGGAUGUCAUUUAUGGACCACCUUCAACUGGCCUUGUUUAGUGAGUUACUGGCCUUGUUUACUGAGUAUUUGUCUUGUCUACUGAGUAAUUGGCCCCUUUUACUGGGUAAUUUGUCUUGUCCACUGGGUAAUUGGCCUCCUUGACCACUGGGUAACUGGCCUUGUCUAGUUGGCAACUAUGCUUUGCAGAAAAAAGCCUUUAAAAAAUACCACUUCUACAAUCAAUGGAAUUAUUCAAGUUAUUUUAAAAUUUGAUGGCAUGUUAAACUAACUUGGGUAAUUGUUAGGGCCAUAUAACUGAUGAAGUGACACAGCUUUAUUCUUCUAUGCCCACAUUAGAUUUUCAAACACAAUACACAAAGGACUUUUCAAUGUUGAGAGCAGGGCUCUUCAUACACAAUUGUGGGAUAAGAAUACUCAAUAACAACUAGUUUUACUGCCAUAUUAUCCAAUAAAAUGUUUGACUAACCUUUGACCUUAGUCUAAGACUUUUCAAUUAUAUCAGUUUGUAUGUUACAGAAUUUUUUUUACCUCCAUUUUCUUAAAAUUGGUUGACGUUGAAGACGUGUCAUUGUAUUUCUGUCCCCAGUGUAAAUAUGACUUUUGUUGGGUUUGUCUUGAACAAUGGAAACGUCACAACAGCUCCACUGGUGGCUACUUCAAGUGCAACCGCUUUGAGGUGCUCAAGAAGGUUGAAGAGCAAAGUGCCCAGCUAGUUAGUGAGGUGAGAAUAGCAGAGUGCCCUGCUAGUUAGUGAGGUGAGAAUAGCAAAGUGCCCAGCUAGUUAGUGAGGUGAGAAUAGCAAAGUGGCUGGCUAGUUAGUGAGGUGAGAAUAGCAAAGUGGCCAGCUAGUUAGUGAGGUGAGAAUAGCAAAGUGCCUGGCUAGUUAGUGAGGUGAGAAUAGCAAAGUGGCUGGCUAGUUAGUGAGGUGAGAAUAGCAAAGUGGCUGGCUAGUUAGUGAGGUGAGAAUAGCAAAGUGGCUGGCUAGUUAGUGAGGUGAGAAUAGCAAAGUGGCUGGCUAGUUAGUGAGGUGAGAAUAGCAAAGUGCCUGGCUAGUUAGUGAGGUGAGAAUAGCAAAGUGCCCAGCUAGUUAGUGAGGUGAGAAUAGCAAAGUGCCCAGCUAGUUAGUGAGGUGAGAAUAGCAAAGUGCCCGGCUAGUUAGUGAGGUGAGAAUAGCAAAGUGCCUGGCUAGUUAGUGAGGUGAGAAUAGCAAAGUGCCUGGCUAGUUAGUCAGGUGAGAAUAGCAAAGUGCCCGGCUAGUUAGUGAGGUGAGAAUAGCAAAGUGCCCGGCUAGUUAGUGAGGUGAGAAUAGCAAAGUGCCUGGCUAGUUAGUGAGGUGAGAAUAGCAAAGUGCCUGGCUAGUUAGUGAGGUGAGAAUAGCAAAGUGGCUGGCUAGUUAGUGAGGUGGGAUUUGAUUUUUUUUUCUUCCAGAAGAUGUGGUUUAAACAAAAAGCAGUCAAUACUUGUCAUGUGCAUGAGUAAAUAUAUAUUGAUAUGACUGAUUAGGCAUAAAUUCAUGAAUGAUGAGUGGGGGAAAAAUCAGCAGCAAGGAAAUAAAUUGCACAAUCUAGUAGGAGUUGAAUAUUUUUGUCUUUGUGAACUGUUGUAGUAGCUGAUGUUACAACACAAGUUUGUAGUGACUGAUUUGAAUGAUUUCAUCCCUGUCAGGCUGAGACAAAGAACAAGAGCAUGCAAGAGCUGAGCAGAUUUGUUCACUACUACACAAGGUUCAAGAACCAUGAAAACAGCUAUAAGGUAGGUCCUCUGCUGGGUUCAUACGACUACAGUUUUUUGUGUGCAGACAGCUACUAUUUAACCCCAUUGCAAGUUUUGUUUCAGUCUUCAGACUUUGAUGGGGGAUUGUUUUUUUUACUCUGGGUUUACAUCCCCCAAAAAUAGCUGUCUUACUUGGCUGGUCAGUCCAUUCUUGUUGGCUGGUCAGUCCAUUCUUGUUGGCUGGUCAGUCAAUUCUUGUUGGCUGGUCAGUCCAUUCUUGUUGGCUGAUCAGUCCAUUCUUGUUGGCUGGUCAGUCCAUUCUUGUUGGCUGGUCAGUCCAUUCUUGUUGGCUGGUCAGUCCAUUCUUGUUGGCUGGUCAGUCCAUUCUUGUUGGCUGGUCAGUCCAUUCUUGUUGGCUGGUCAGUCCAUUCUUGUUGGCUGGUCAGUCCAUCAUUCUUGGCUGGUCAGUCCAUCAUUCUUGGCUGGUCAGUCCAUUCUUCUUGGCUGGUGUGUCCAUUCUUCUUGGCUGGUGUGUCCAUUCUUCUUGGCUGUUUAUAUGUGUUAAAAAACAGGCUAAAAAGUCUAGGGAAUGUGCAGUAUUGGGCAUCAUACCCUCCCUCCCUCUGAUGAUGGCCUUUGUCUGGUCACAACCCCCCCCCCCUCCCCCCUGAUGUUGACCUUUCUUGGGUCAUACCAAAAUGAUGUUUGGGUCAUGUCUGGUAAUACCCAUAUGAUAGUGGCCCAUCUCUAGUAAAAAAAAACACAUAAUGGUGGCCCUUGUCUGGUCAUAACCAACUGAUGGUGGCACUCAUCCGGUAUACCCACAUUAAGGUGGCCCUUGUCUGGUCAUAACCAACUGAUGGUGGCCCUCGUCCGGUAUACCCACAUGAAGGUGGCCCUUAUCUGGUCAUAACCAACUGAUGGUGGCCCUCAUCCGGUAUACUCACAUGAAGGUGGCCCUUGUCUGGUCAUAACCAACUGAUAAUGGCCCUCGUCCGGUAUACCCACAUGAAGGUGGCCCUUGUCUGGUCAUAACCAACUGAUGGUGGCCCUUGUCCGGUAUACCCACAUGAAGGUGACCCUUGUCCGGUAUACCCACAUGAAGGUGGCCUUUGUCCGGUAUAUCCACAUGAAGGUGACCCUCGUCCGGUAUACCCACAUGAAGGUUGCCCUCGUCCGGUAUACCCACAUGAAGGUGGCCCUCUUCCGGUAUACCCACAUGAAGGUGGCCCUUAUCUGGACAUAAUUACCACUUGAAUGUUCAUAUACUUACUACAUUUUGAGUUAUUGUUUUUUAAAACACUUGAUGAUAUGUCCAUUGAUUAUUCUGCUCACACAUGUUAUAUUUGACCAGCUUGAAGAACCUUUACUGAAAACGGCCAAGGAUAAGAUGAUGAAACUGGCUGAGGCUGUUACUGACAGUGGUAGGUACAAUGUUAGAUCUUCUACUAGCUUGAUUCUCAUAGGAGGAUAUAUCAACUUAAUCGCCACAAACCUACUGCACCAAAGUGGCAAGGUGUCCAGUUGAAAGGCACUAAGUUAAGCCUCCCCUCAGAUUUGGAAAAAAGUACCACCAAGAAGUGGUCAAGUAGAAAACCCUUUGGCACAAGGGGGAGAGCCCACUUCAACCUGCCCUGGUCCUCAGCAUGUGUCUUGAGACAUCACAUUGACUGAUAAACUCAUCUGGUUUCUUUAUGCGUCAUACCAUUAAUUUUUUCUCAUGCCAAAUUAUUUUUUGUGGCGUAUGACAACCAUCUAAGAGAAAUUAGCUACAGACAAAAGGAGUGCUGCCCCUGAUCUUGACAAAACACAGAAUGAGAACUCCAUUCAAACAAAAAGCCAAGACUCUGUUCACAAUUACAACACACACUCAAGAACUCAACAGUUAUUCAUACAGCACAAUUAUUUAACAAAAGUCUUGCUAUAGACUAAUUUUAAGGUACAAUGAAAAACUCAAAAAAGGAUCAUUCAAGACUGCAAAAAAAUAUUUGUGAUGAAUGAAAAAAAACAAUUUCCAUUUCUUUGGAUCAAUAACAGUAUCUUAUCUUAAGUGACUUUUAAUGACAUGAUGAUGUGAGAUAAAGGGGACUUGAAGGAAUGAGCCAAGUAAGUCGUAUUGGAUAGACAUGAAAAAUGUGCUAAGUAGGUCAUAUUGGAUGGGACAUUUUUGGGACAUGUAAGGUUAAAUGUGUGCUGUUUAUGUCAUAAAUUACUUUUUUUUUGUUUGUUAUUGCAACAAGUUAAAAGAAUAUUUAAGAUUAUUGCACUGAAACUUUAGUGAAUAGAGAGCAAUUUUGUACUUGUAACAUUUAUCUAGUAACCAUUUAAAAUUGACUUGCAUAUUUUACACAUGAACAUUUCUGUUGACUGUGAGGUGUGCCAGAGGAAAUGUCACAUCAAAAUGACAGUUAUAGUUAAGGAGCACCCUUCAUUAAGUAUCAGAAUGGAGAUCCCACUUCCUCUGUCUGACUCAAAGAAGUAUGAUGUGAAUAUUAAUCAAGUUGUAUUUAUUUAUCUCUGGAAUUCUCUUAAAUAAAACCUCAGGUCCUUAAUUUUUUCCCCUCUAUUUCCAGCCACCGCACAGACAGAGACCAAAUUUGUUGAAGAUGCCGUCAAUCAGUUGCUGAAGGCCAGGCGGGUCCUGAAAUGUUCCUAUGUUUAUGGGUUCUACCUGGAUGGACCCGGGUACAAGAAAAUUGUUUUUGAGUUUAUGCAGGUUGGUAACUUUGGGACUGGUACAAAAACAGAAUUUGGGCCAAUUUCUAAGAUACUUUAAUUUAUGCAAAAAUGUGAUUGACUUUUUUUUUCUUUGGAGAAAUCUCUUCUUGUUAUAUCCAAUAAUAUUAAUAAGCAAAUAAAACUCUGCUUACGUGUGUAAAAUGUAUUGUCAAACAUGCUUGUAGUUAAGUUCCAAUCAUCUGCAUUAUCAUAACAGACAUUAUCAGAACAGACAUUAUCAUAACAGACAUUAUCAUAACGGACAUUAUCAGAACAGACAUUAACAUAACAGACAUUAUCAUGACAGACAUGAUGACAGACAUUAUCAUGACAGACAUUAUCAUAACAGACAUUAUCAUAACAGACAUUAUCAUAACAGACAGACAAGGCGUUGAGAAGUUUGGCUGGCAAAGUUUGGAUUAAAAAGUUUUAGUAAUAAACAGAUCCACAUCUUUUAUUCAUUGCCCUCCUAAGAUGCUCACUUUAUUUCAGCACAUCUUUUAUUCAUUGCUGUCCUAAGAUGCUCACUUUAUUUCAGCACAUCUUUUAUUCAUUGCUGCCCUAAGAUGCUCACUUUAUUUCAGCACAUCUUUUAUUCAUUGCUGCCCUAAGAUGCUCACUUUAUUUCAGCACAUCUUUUAUUCAUUGCUGUCCUAAGAUGCUCACUUUAUUUCAGCACAUCUUUUAUUCAUUGCUGUCCUAAGAUGCUCACUUUAUUUCAGCACAUCUUUUAUUCAUUGCUGUCCUAAGAUGCUCACUUUAUUUCAGCACAUCUUUUAUUCAUUGCUGUCCUAAGAUGCUCACUUUAUUUCAGCACAUCUUUUAUUCAUUGCUGUCCUAAGAUGCUCACUUUAUUUCAGCACAUCUUUUAUUCAUUGCUGUCCUAAGAUGCUCACUUUAUUUCAGCACAUCUUUUAUUCAUUGCUGUCCUAAGAUGCUCACUUUAUUUCAGCACAUCUUUUAUUCAUUGCUGUCCUAAGAUGCUCACUUUAUUUCAGCACAUCUUUUAUUCAUUGCUGUCCUAAGAUGCUCACUUUAUUUCAGCACAUCUUUUAUUCAUUGCUGUCCUAAGAUGCUCACUUUAUUUCAGCACAUCUUUUAUUCAUUGCUGUCCUAAGAUGCUCACUUUAUUUCAGCACAUCUUUUAUUCAUUGCUGUCCUAAGAUGCUCACUUUAUUUCAGCACAUCUUUUAUUCAUUGCUGUCCUAAGAUGCUCACUUUAUUUCAGCACAUCUUUUAUUCAUUGCUGUCCUAAGAUGCUCACUUUAUUUCAGCACAUCUUUUAUUCAUUGCUGUCCUAAGAUGCUCACUUUAUUUCAGCACAUCUUUUAUUCAUUGCUGUCCUAAGAUGCUCACUUUAUUUCAGCACAUCUUUUAUUCAUUGCUGUCCUAAGAUGCUCACUUUAUUUCAGCACAUCUUUUAUUCAUUGCUGUCCUAAGAUGCUCACUUUAUUUCAGCACAUCUUUUAUUCAUAGCUGUCCUAAGAUACUCACUUUAUUUCAGCACAUCUUUUAUUCAUUGCUGUCCUAAGAUGCUCACUUUAUUUCAGCACAUCUUUUAUUCAUUGCUGUCAUAAGAUGCUCACUUUUUUUCAGCUGAAUGUUUAUGAUUCUCAUGGUUCUGAUUUUUUUUUCUCUUUCAGACAGAACUAGAAGAGUGUACAGAAAUCCUGUCUCAGAUGGUCAAUAGACUCUACCUGCGCACACCCCGACGUAAGAUCAUUGAACAGGCCAACAUCACCCAACGUAAGAGACUUGAGUUCAUCAUGGCAAUAUCCAAGGGACUUGUUCCACCCGAGACUCCCCCGUCAGCCCGCAGAGGGAAGAAGAAACGGAAGAUGAGUGGAGUUGGACCGGAGGAUGUAAGCAUGGAAUCCCUUCCCUUGUUGAAUUAUUUUAUUUUGUGGGGGGCUGGUGGGGUGGGAUCAUGGGGUCAAGUCUUUUCUAUGUGAAGUUGGAGCCAUACAAAAAUAUUAUCAGAAACUGCUAUGUACCUCUCUGUAGUGCUCUGGUGUUAAUAUAUCAUAAAAAGACUUGUGUAUAAUCAAAUGUGGUGACUGGCACACCACAGGCAAUACAAAGCAAUGAGAUCUUUAACAGCUAGCUAACUGGCUCACCACAGGCAGUACAAAACAAUGACCACUUUAGCUGCCAACCAACUGGGUCACCACAGGCAAUACAAAGCAAUGAGAUCUUUAACAGCUAGCUAACUGGCUCACCACAGGCAGUACAAAACAAUGACCACUUUAACUGCCAGCCAACUGGGUCACCACAGGCAAUACAAAGCAAUGAGAUCUUUAACAGCUAGCUAACUGGCUCACCACAGGCAGUGCAAAACAAUGACCACUUUAGCUGCCAGCCAACUGGGUCACCACAGGCAAUACAAAACAAUUACCACUUUAGCUCCCAGCCAACUUGAGCAGAAAAAUAUUAACAAUGUAUUAUAUUCAUUACUUUAUGAGGCGGCAGAAACAAGCUUAUGACUGUUAUAUUUUGAUAUGGGAAGAUUCCCCUCUGCUUGGUUGCAGGAAGAUUUGCACAGAGCCAUUGUUGCAUCCAUACAAGAAGUUAAUCCAGCCAAUCCAUGGAUCAAGGAUGCAUCAGGU